CGCCAUAGUGAGCGCCAUAGUCACCGUAGCUGUUGGCGACUGUUUCCUGUCAACUAAGGUGUACAGAUCUUUGCAUUUUACCCUCUGGUGGUCAUGCAAUCUGCAUCUGGACCAGGUGCCACCAUCGUACAUGUUCCUCCAAAGAGUCAUACCAUCUUACAACAAGGUAGUCAGCAUGUUCUGCUUGGAAAACUUGAGUCUCCUAACAAUCGUCCUCCAACAAGUGGAGUUGAAACUAGCCUAUUACAGGCAGUUCAUUCAAAUAACUCCCAAACUAUAUAUCCUGCUCAUUAUAUUGAAGCUAUAGCUGAACAAAUGGUUUAUGCAGGAAAUGGAGAAGGCGGUGGGAUUCUCGAGAUUAAGUCUGGUACGCCUUUAAGAAAACUAUUUGCAUCAGUCACGAAAUCUGUGUCUGGACAGUACCAAGAAUAUACACCGAUUAUUUAUGCUCCUGUUUCAAGUGGACAAACUUAUUAUCAAACAGCUAAUGGACAAGUUUUAGCUACGGCUUUUGGUUCUACUGUGACAGCUGGGCAAGCUGGUAGCAGUCUUCAUGCAGCUGCUGCACAUACAAAUUUAGGCGCUGGACAUGCUCAAUUAGUUACUCAUCAAGGUGCUACAUAUCUAGUCCAAGGCGCUCAACUAGACGAUGAUCCAUCAGCUAUUUCACAUACAGCAAAAGCUAGUCCCGUCACUGUUCAAUGGCUUGUUGAUAACUAUGAAACAGCGGAAGGUGUUAGCCUGCCACGUAGUACCCUAUACUUUCAUUAUCUUCAUCAUUGUAAUGAACACAAGCUGGAACCAAUGAAUCCAGCAUCAUUUGGUAAACUGAUACGUUCAGUAUUUUAUGGUCUGCGUACACGACGUCUUGGUACGCGUGGAAAUUCUAAAUAUCAUUAUUAUGGGAUACGUAUUAAACCGAAUUCACCAUUGAAUCAUUUUGUCGAGGAUGCCGGCUUCUCACUUCGACAUUAUCCAAAUUAUCAUCGUCAAACAAUGGAAGCUGCAGCUGAAUGGAAAUAUUUCAAUAGUAAUAAUACUAAUAAUAAUACUAAUAGUAAUAGUAAUAGUAGUGGUAAUUCAACGUUGAAUCGUUUAAAAUCAUUAAAUACUACUGGGAAUGGAAUUAACAGUAAUAGUAGUAGUAGUGGUUCUGGUUUAGGCAGUACUAUUGGAUUAAACAAUUCAAACAACAAUAGUGCAAAUAUUCAUUCCACAUCACUUACUAAUAAUUAUUCUCAACUAUCAUCAUCACAUCAUACACCUGGCGUGUUACGUCCGGAUAAAUGCUUGACAAAUAAUUCUUAUAGUAGUAGUAAUAAUAGUAAUAAUAAUCAAAGUGGAAAUGCUAUCUCAAUUUCUGGUAAUCAGAGAAUUGAAAGUAUAGCAAACAAUUCAUCAUUAUCUAGUCCUUUAUUACUUUCUACCAGUCAACAUCAUGCACAAUUCCUUGGUGAAGCUAGUUCUGCAUUGCCGAAUUUAGAUGAAAUUUGUCGAUCAUCUGGUCUCCCGGUGCCUAGUGAAGUUGAUUUAACCUCAGAUGAUAGUCCUUCAGGUAAAGGUGGUGGUCGUUUAAAAAUUGAACCAUCCUCAUCACCCCCAUCGUCAUCAUCAUCAUCAUCAGCUACAAACUCAUUUAAUGAAGAUGUUAUUACAUUCUGUCGUCUUUAUGCUCUUUCUGCUGGUUAUAUGUUAGAUGCUGUUGUAAACUUAGACUUUACUGCUAUUGAAACAGUAUGGAAAGCUUUUUGGUGCAGAGAAGAAGUACGAGAUUCUCGUUUAAAACAAAGUUUAUCUCAGGAACGCUUAUGUUCACUUGUAUCAGAUCCGGCUAUUUUACAAUUUGUUCGACUUUAUGAUCAUACUUUCUAUCAAUCAUUGGCUGAAGUUUUAAUUCCAAAUGUACUUCGACCUAUUCCACCAACUUUAACACAAGCAAUUCGUAAUUUUGCUAAAUCUCUUGAAGGUUGGAUGCGUCAAGCUACACUUGGUUUAGAUUCAGCUCUUGUUGGCUUGAAAGUCUCUGCUGUUUCAUCAUUAGCACAAACUCUACGACGUUAUACUAGUCUAAAUCAUUUAGCUCAAGCUGCACGAGCUGUUUUAAAAAAUGCUAAUCAAAUUAAUCAAAUGUUAACCGAUCUUAAUCGUGUUGACUUUAAUAAUGUACAGGAACAAGCUUCAUGGGUUUGUCAAUGCAGUGAUGCUACUGUAAGCCAAUUAGAGCAUGAUUUCAAGAGAAUAUUACAAAAGCAUGCCUCGUUAGAAGAAUGGGCUCAAUGGUUAGAUACAGUAGUUACAAGUAUUUUACAACCACUUGAAGGUAAUAGUUUAGCUUAUACUAAAGCUGCACAUCAAUUAGUCUUAAAAUGGUCCUUUUACAGUUCAAUGGUUAUACGUGAUUUGACGUUAAGAUCAGCAUCAAGUUUUGGUAGUUUUCAUCUCAUCCGUCUACUUUAUGAUGAAUAUAUAUUUUAUCUGGUUGAACAUAAAGUUGCUGCUCAUCUAGGCAUGACACCAGUUGCUGUAAUGGGUGAAAUGGGCAGGGAUAUUACUCAACAACAUUGUGCUCAAACACGUUUACACUUGGAUUUACCUAUUCGUAGUGAUAUUGUACGAUCUUCAAAAUCAAAUAAUAAUAAUACUAAUCAUAAUAAUAUUAAUGAUACGAAUAAUUCUUCAUCAGUAAAACUCUCAAAUUCUCUAGACUCUUCACAACAUCAUCAUAAUGAUAUCGAUGGAAGUCAUAGAGAUUCUCUAAGUUCAUCUAAAGACUGCAAGAUCAGUACUUCUACUACUAUUAUUAUUGAUAAUAAUAAUAAUAAUAAUAAUAAUAAUAAUCAGAAACAUAAAUCCAGUAUUGAUCAACAAGAUCGAGUAGAUGGUGUACAUGAUGCCGAUGUUGAUGAGGAUGAUGAUGAUGACAAUAAUACUGCUAAUAAUCUGAAUGCUACUAAUACCGAUAUUGAUGAUUUCGAUGAAGAAGUGGAUGAAUAUUUAGAUGAUGAAGAAGAAGUAGAUGAUUCAUUUGGUGAUGAAAGUGCUAUGCUAAAACAAGCACAUGCAUCAGCACAAGCAUAUUGUCGUCGGAGUACUACUACAGCUACAGCUACAGCUAUAUCGACAUCAUCAUCUACAUCAACAUCAUCAGCGAAUAUUCUAUUUCAAUCAACAAAUAUUCUCUCGAAUAAUCAUCUUGUUGACGAUACUACUAUUAAUGAGGUAAAAAUCGAGGAUAAUCUUCAAGAAGAAAAUUAUACUACAAAAGAAACUCAAAGCACAAAAAAUAAAGAUACUGUAGGCGAUAUUAAAAAGGGUGGUGGCUGUGAUGAUGAUGGUAGUAAUAAUAAUAACAGUAAUAACAAUAGCGGGACAAUUCGAAGUGACAAGACAGCAUUAUUGACGGGGAAUCAAAUAAAUAUUUCUAAUCAUCAUCAUCAUUCAGAGAAAGAUAAAACAGCAACAACAACACCAACAACAACAAUUCGUAAUUGUUCCCCACCAUCUAUUGUAACAAUGCCUACGCCUGUACGUAAAGUGGUUCGUGUAACAACAUUCUGUGAUUCAAGACAACAAAGUAACGAUUCAUCGUUUAAAAACUCUACUCCACUGACAACAACAGUGACUACACGUCCUAUCAGUUUAAAACAGUCUUCACCAUCGUCAUUAUCUGGUGGCGGUUUAACUCUAAUAUCAAGUAAUAAUAGUAGUAAUAAUAAUAUUGUUAAUCUAAGCGAAAAUUCUUCUUUUAAUGAUCCAACUUCAUCGUCAGCAUCCUUCAAUGUAACUACUAUACCUACUUCAAUUGGUACUGCCAAGGUGACUGUAACCGCCACCACCAAUGAUACAAGUUAUGCUAAACGACAAAAAUUAUUAUAAUUUACAAAAAGCAAAGCAAGUUGUGUUGUUUUUCUUUGUUCAUUCAUAGCUUGUUUGUUGCUUUUUCUUUUCUUGUGUUUGAUAUAUUUUUAUCCAGUGAAACAAAUUCUCAAUGUGUGCUCUUUCUCUACCCUUCUUCUCAUGUGCAUUAUAAUGAAUCUACUCUAUUCUAAAUGUGAUGUGUGUAACACUGGCUGUUCUUCUCCCUCCUCCUCCUCCUCGCCUUUGUCCUCUUCUUUUUCCUCUUCAACUGAACGUGUCUUAUCUGUUAUUGUGCAUAUAGAGAUGUCCGUUCAAGUUGAACUUGGGCGCGGAGUGGGGGUGGGGCAGGCUGUGGAAUCGAUUCACCUCCUUGUUUUCUUAUUUGUUGAUUUGUUCAUCUUUGUUUUGUUGUUUAUUUUUGUUUUCUUGUUUUUUUUGUAACUUUUUCUUUCAUAUCCUAAUUUAAUCCCGUUUUAACAAUAGACAAUUGACAACUGUGAAAUGUACUCAUCAUUAUCAUCAUCCCUAUAUAUGUAUGUAUGUGUUGUAUACGCACGCACUGAAACAUUUACACUGUAAUUUUUGUAUAUUAUCGUUGUUAUCUAUCUUCAUUCACAUACACACACACACAUUAUCACACACUUACACAUAAACAUACAUACAUACAUACAUACAUACACAUAAUGCUGUUAUUAUUAUUCUGUUUAUUUCAAUAUGUUAUGAUGAUGACAACACCUUGUGUACCACCUUUUGCGCAAUGUGUUGCAUAAUGCUUACAACACUGCCUACUUUACUCAUAUUCCCUCUUUAAUGUUUUGAUGAACUAGUCGAUUCUUUAUUAGUGGUGGUGGUGAUCAAUAAAAGUGUUUUUUUAUUAUCAGUAGUAUAUGUGUAAUUACGAAUCACAACUACCACCACCACCCUACCCGCAUAUGUUUGUUUGUCUGUUUGUUUAUUUGUUUGUUCUUGUUUAUAUCUAAUUGAUAGAAGUGUGGUGGUUAGAUUGAAAAAAAUGUUUUUCUUUGACUUUUUUAUCCACUUCCCCCUCCUGGUCUCCUUUGUUUUUCUAUUGAUAAUGAAUGAAUUCAAAAAUGCAUUUUCUUUUUUUUUGUGUGUGUGUAUGAGUGAGUUAGUUAGUUUUUUUAUUCUCUUGUAAAUUUGUUCAUCUUUUCUUUCUUUCUUUUUUAAACAAAAAUAAUAAAUUAUUUCGUUGAAAAGGAGGAUAUGUGUGCAUGUGCGUCCGUGCGUGCCUGCGUGCUGGUGUGUGUGUGUGUAUUUUGAAAGGUUUCCGUGUACACACAUGUUUGCUUACUUACUAAUAUAAUAUUAACAAUAUAAAUGGUGAUAGUAAGUAAUAAUGUAUUGCAAAUAAAAGUUGUAUUUUCGAUAA